AUGAACCCCAUCACUACCAUCAACUGGACAGAGCAACAAGGAUGUUGGCCGCACCUCACUGACGUGCCACUCCCCAAAGUGCCCGAAGCAGCUCCCGUAGGCCUGCUGGUCGGCCUCAAUGCGCCCUGGCUCCACACGUCUCUGGAAGAGAGGUUUGCCAACGAGGGAGGUCCCAUUGCAAGGAAGACACUCCUUGGCUGGGUGGUGUUUGGUUCUGUGUCUGCCCACACCGCCGGCAAGUUUGACGACCGUUCGCUAGUGGCAACCUCUGAUGAUCCGCUCACAGAAGUUGUCAGCAAGUUCUGGCAAUUGGAGAGUGUCGGCAUGGAGACCACCAGCUCCGACUACCUAACCCCUGACGAGCAUGCAGCAGACGACAUGACGAAGCGGAGCAUUCACCACAAUGGCACCAGAUUCGUCGUCGGGAUCCCGUGGCGGAGUGGUGCAGAUCAGCCGGAGUUACGUCAAGACUCGCGGCAGUGCGCUGAGCAACGGCUCAAGUCCCUACAUCGCAUCCUUGAGCGGAAACCCGAGGUUCGUCUGCAGUACGCUGAGGUGCUCAAGAAGUACCUGGAGCGUGGGUAUAUUCGAUCAGUCCUGCCCACAGAGGUGGAAGAUGCCGGAACCGACCAAUGGUUUCUCCCGCAUUUCCCCGUCAUCCGCAACGACAAGUCAACGACAAAGGUCCGAAUCGUAUUCGACGGUUCUGCGAAGGUCAUGGGUGACAGCAUCAACAACCGCAUGCACGCUGGACAAAAGCUGCAGAGUGACCUGGUCAAGGUCCUGCUGCGCUUCUGCCAUCACCCUAUCGCCCUCACUGCCGACAUCUCGGAGAUGUUUCUCCAAGUUGAGCUCCGUGACAAUGACCGGAAGUACCACCGGUUCGUCUGGAGUGAGUCUCCUCACCACCCACUCGUAUUCUUCGAGUUCUGCCGCGUUGUCUUCGGCAUGAGAGCGUCACCGUACUUGGCAGGCCGAGCGCUACAAGCAACGGCGGAGACCUUUGCAGAUACUGCCGGUCCCGAGGCGCUCAACGCCGUUCGAGACAACUUCUACGUUGACGACCUGUUGAUGUCGACAGCCACUGAAGCAUCAGCUAUAGUUGCCCGAGAGGAUCUCCAGGAAAUCACCACGCGCGGUGGAUUCCACCUACGGAAGUGGCUCAGCAAUUCACCGGCUGUGCUUAAGUCCAUCCCAGAGACAGACCUCUCGGAUGAGGAGCUGCAUACGGCGCUGGUACACGCGGAGGGUCUCAUCAACAGUCGACCACUAACCGUCAUCUCCUCUGAUCCGAAUGAUCUUCGGCCCCUGACGCCGCAGCACUUCCUCGUGGGCCACGCAGACACCACACUGGCCGCAGAGUUGGGUGUCCAGCCAGCAGACACGGUCCAUCCUCGUCGCCGCUGGAUGUACGUGCCACGCAUCGUUGUGGAGGUCUGGGCACGAUGGGUGAAGGAGAUCGUGCCGAAGCUCAAUGUGCAAGUGAAGUGGUUUUUCAGCAGCAGCGGAACGUGGAAGUUGGUGACAUCGUCAUGGUCAUGGACGACAAUGUCCCACAAGCACAUUGGCCACUCGCUAGAAUUACGGCAACCUACCCAUGUAAGGAUGACGUUGUCCGUGUGGUGGGGGUCAACAUCCAGGGCAAGGUCUUAA